UGUGUCAAUGACUUCAUCAGUAACAUCACAUGUGUGUUGAACAACACAUGCGUGCCACCAGACAUGCCGUGCACUCUGCAUGGUGAAUACCCCGGGUUUAAAAGGCAAUGUGAGAUGAAGUCCUUGGGCGGUUCCAACACAACUUUGAGAGGCGGCAGUCUGGUCUUUGAGGACAAUCCAUUCUUUCGGAAAGAUGAUGAAAUACCCAUUGGUGUACGGUGUGGACAAACAGAAGAUGAUGUGAUACAGAUUAAAUACCUGUAUCAACCAUUUAACCACAUUAAAAUGCAUCCCCCUGGCAAGCCGACCAUCACCAAUGCCUCAAUCGCCUGGACACCAGGAGCUCCCAUUUCAAAAAAGAUAUCCAACUAUAACUUCCAACUACAGUGGAAACAGGAACUACAUCACUGGGAGGAUGCUGUGGAGGUGAACAUAUCAAACAAACAGACGUAUUUUGACCUGGACCCUGACAUGCUGGAGAGAGGAGGGAGGUACCAGGUCAGAGUCAGGGUCAGGGUUCGAGCCGACCCAGACAAUUACCCAGACUGUCAGUGGAGCGACUGGAGCCCCAGUGCAUCAUGGGUCUCCACUCUGGGCCAGAUGAAGCCAACAGGUAGUCCUGAUGUUCUAGACCAGGACUCUGUGGUGGUCACUGUGGUGGGAGCUGUUGUUGUACUGGUCCUGCUGGUCUCCAUGUUGCUCUGCAAUGGAACGGUCAAGAAGAUUCUGAAUCCUCCUAUACCAGAUCCCUCCAGGUACUUUGAGGGCCUCAACCUCCAUCACCAUGGAAACUUCAAGGCUUGGCUGGGUCCUUUGUACGCCUUUGAAUCCGUCGACUCUGCCUUGCACCGUGACGACAUCUCCCAGGUAGAGAUUACCAAAAGCAUUGGCACCAUCGCCCCCCUGAGGAGGGAGACCGGUACUGCACUACUACUGAAGAAGAGAUUGGACAACAGUGGCCACUCCGUCUUCAGCAACUUCUUAUCUCAAUGCUCCCAGCCUGGAUCCACCUCCACCAAGCUGGAACCCUGCUCUGUACACUCCCCUUACGGACCAGUAGGUGGCACUACUGAAGAGAUAGAAGAGUGGAAGGAGGAAAACAGAGGAGAAAGGAUGGAUAGUGUUAGAGGUGUAGGGGGGAAGGACGGAGAUAUCAGGGGUGGAGGGAAGGAUAUAGAGUUGGGGGGUGGAGGGAAGGAGGGAGAGAUGGGGGGUGGAGGGACGGAUAGAGAGAUGUUAGGUGGCGGUAUAUUUGGAGGCAUCAGUGGAGGUAAAGAUAUCGUCCAGGUUUCUUCUUACGAACGUGUUGAGAAGCUCCAGGCCGAGCGUCGGGCCCUCAUAAGCCCAGAUUCAGGCAUCGGCAGUGGGGGAGAGGAUCAGGAAAGUCAGGAGAGUGUGGAGGAGGCGGACGGGCCUACUUCGACCAUCCCCCAUUUUGUCUCUCAGGACUUCCAUCUUGUUCCGCUUCUUCCUCUUAUCAAUAACAAUAACUUUCCAUUCUGCUCCACCCCCUUACCCAUUUCUCUGUCCGCUUUCGCCCAGCCACCCUUCACCCUCCCUGAGUUGGAUAGUGUAGGGGGAAAGGGUACAGAGAUGGGGGUUGGAGGAGGUUCUCUCACAAUGUCUUCCUCCUAUGAACGUGUGGAUAAUCUCCAGCUCCAGACCCAACGCCGUGCCCCUCAGAGCCCAGAUUCAGGCAUUGGCAGUGGGGGAGAGGAUCAGGAAAGUCAAGAGAGCGUGGAGGAUGCGAAUGAGAAAAAGGACCGGGAAGAAGUCGUAAUGGAGGUUCUAUGUUGUCUCUAUGUCAUCCUGCUCCUCCCCCUACUAACCUGCUCCAGCCAACCACAGUCCUGUCUGCAGUGUGUCAAUGACUUCAUCAGUAACAUCACAUGUGUGUUGAACAACACAUGCGUGCCCCCAGACAUGCCAUGCACUCUGCAUGGUGAAUACCCCGGGUUUAAAAGGCAAUGUGAGAUGAAGUCCUUGGGCGGUUCCAACACAACUUUGAGAGGCGGCAGUCUGGUCUUUGAGGACAAUCCAUUCUUUUGGGAAGAUGAUAAAAUACCCAUUGGUGUACGGUGUGGACAAGCAGAAGAUUAUGUGAUACAGAUUAAAUACCAACCAUUUAACCACAUUAAAAUGCAUCCCCCUGGCAAGCCGACCGUCACCAAUGCCUCAAUCGCUUGGACACCAGGAGCUCCCAUUUCAGAAAUGAUAUUCAACUAUGACUUCCAACUACAGUGGAAACAGGAACUACAUCACUGGGAGGAUGCUGUGGAGGUGAACAUAUCAAACAAACAGACGUAUUUUGACCUGGACCCUGACACGCUGGAGAGAGGAGGGAGGUACCAGGUCAGAGUCAGGGUUCGAGCCGACCCAGACGAUUACCCAGACUGUCAGUGGAGCGACUGGAGCCCCAGUGCAUCAUGGGUCUCCACUCUGGGCCAGAUGAAGCCAACAGGUAGUCCUGAUGUUCUAGACCAGGACUCUGUGGUGGUCACUGUGGUGGGAGCUGUUGUUGUACUGGUCCUGCUUGUCUCCAUGUUGCUCUGCAAUGGAACGGUCAAGAAGAUUCUGAAUCCUCCUAUACCAGAUCCCUCCAGGUACUUUGAGGGCCUCAACCUCCAUCACGAUGGAAACUUCAAGGUAGAGAUCACCGACAGCCUGGACAACGUCACCGCCUUGAGGACGGCACCACCACAGGAGAAGAGAUGGGACAACAGUGGCCGCUCCGGCUUCUCCAACUCCAGCUACUUCUUAUCUCAAUGCUCCCAGCCUGGAUCCACCUUCACCAAGCUGGAACCCUGCUCUGUACACUCCCCUUACGGACCACUUCCCUUCACCCUACCUGGUUCCAGACCCAACGCCGUGCCCCUCAGAGCCCAGAUUCAGGCAUUGGCAGUGGGGGAGAGGAUCAGGAAAGUCAGGAGAGCGUGGAGGAUGCGGUCGGGCCAACUGUGA